CCAGCCCAGCUCAUCUUCCGAAAACCCUUUAGGGAUGGAGAACUUGGGCUUUUUUUUUUUUUUUUUUUUGAGACGGAGCCUUGCCCUGUCGCCCAGGCUGGAGUGCAGUGGCGCGAUAUCUCGGCUCACUGCAACUUCCACCUCCCGAGUUCAAGCAAUUCUUCUGCCUCAGCCUCCCGAGUAGCUGGGACUACAGGUGUGCCCCACCGUGCCCAGCUAAUUUUUGUAUUUUUAGUUGAGAUGGGGUUUCACCAUGUUGGCCAGGCUGGUCUUGAACUCCUGACCUUGUGAUCCACCCACCUCAGCCUCCCAAAGUGCUGUGAUUACAGGCGUGAGCCACCAUGCCUGGCCGCCCUUCUUUAAUCCUAAAGCCGGAGGAUUAGGUUUUACCUGUCAGGGACGACAGAAGCAGAUGUUUAUUGCAAUGAAAGCUACAGCAACUGAACUCGCAGUGCCAAGAUGCUAUAUUAUCCAAACAUGCUCAGCAGUCCCUGUCCUCUGUGGCUGAAAAAAGGUGAAGAGCAGAAGUCAUCUUGCCUGCAAUAUGGAGCCUUUCCUUUAGAGCAUCUCAAAGCAAGCCCUGUUGUUCUGCAGCCUGUCAAAGCAGGGCCAUUAAAGAACCUGCAGAGUCAGAACCAUCCUGCCCACCCUUUUCAAACUCCCCCCUUAAAUAGAAAAAAAAAAGUAGUGGGUGAGAAUGACAAAGCACAUUGCCCUGGAAAUCUCUUGAGUCCAAGUAGCUGUAUCCCUAACCAUGAUCCUACAGGAGCUUGCCUGACCCAGUCUCCAACACAGUCCUGUAUUUCUUACAGAUACAGGGAAUAAAGCAGCACUGCAUUGCCACCUCUAAAUUCUCUCCCCUGAGAUGGGAGUAUCUCCUCUUUCAUCCAUGUCACAGCCCAAAGAGUAGGAGAAGGGUGCACCCCUGUGAGAUGAGAAUGGCAUCUGUCUCUUUGAUCCAUCAGUUAUAUACUGAGGCAUCAAAGGUGGGAGAUGGAAUCAGGGAAUCAAAAGGGUUUAGGAAGUGUGAGGGUUGGCCAUCCUACCUUUAAGAGUUUGCAGUUCUCAUGAGGAAGGGGAUAUUACUUAGAAAUGAUUAAAAAAAUUCCUUAUGUGGCAGCUAUAUGCUUCUGUCCAGUGUUAACUGGCCCUUUUUAAUAGCCCUGGUAAUUCCCUUCACUCUAAGGACAAAAUUUUACAAGGAGGGUGGGGAGAUGUCUCUGGGAGCUGCUGGAGGGAAUGAAGCAAUACUACAUAUUCUUCACUUUCUUACAGGAUAGCAAAGUACUCCUCCAACCACCCACAGAUAAAAAGCAAUCUAGCCAUGCACGGUGGCUCACACCUGUAAUCCUAGCACUUUGGGAGGCCGAGGCAGGUGGAUCACCCGAGGUCAGGGGUUCGAGACCAGCCUGGCCAACGUGGUGAAACCCCAUCUGUGCUGAAAAUACAAAAAUUACCUGGGCGUGGUGGUGGGCGCCUGUAAUCCCAGCCACUUAGGAGGCUGAGGCAGGAGAAUCACUUGAACUUGGGAGGUUGCAGUGAGCCCGGAUCGCUUCAUUGCACUCCAGCCUGGGCGACAAGAGCAAGACUCCGUCUCAAAAAAAAAAAAAAAAAAAAUGCCAUCUAGUAUGGCCGAUAGGAGAGCUCUAUGAGUUCAAAUUAGCCUUUUUUUUACCCUGUCUCAAAAAAAUAAAUGAAAAAUAAAAAUAAACUCCCUUAAAUGUUAAAUGAGCAUGAACAGAAACUGUCCCUCCCUGAAUUCAGCCAUUAUUCACCUGUUCGCCUUAGAUGAAGAAUCAAGGAACAGCAACUCUGGGUGGAUGGGAGGAGUUAGGGUCCUGCCCUGCCCCAGACCUCUCAGUGUCCAAUUUCUCUGUGUCAGCUGUGUUUCUCAGCUGUCCACUUUCCUCCAGCCCUGUCAUUUCAGCCCUGACACCAAGGCAGGAGGCUAGGAGGUCUACAAAUAGCGACUGGGUAGCUGGUGUGAACACAGAGGGUACUGGGGGGGCUUAGCCCCCAAGGAAGAGGACCAGUUUUUCCCCAGCACCACCAUCAAGGCCUUGGGGCUCCCAGAUCCCUCUACAGACUGUGGACUGACUUAGGGAAUCCCGGACGUAAGUUACCUCUUCAUCCUCUCGAUUUCCACGACUGCUCACCCCAGCUGCCCUGAUCUAUAAUCUAUUCAGCUUCUUCAUUUCUCUCCUUGUCUGUGAGUCGUUUGGGUUUUAGGAGUAAAAUUAUUAUUCUACUCUAGGAUGAGUUUGGAUUGGAGGGUGGGAUGGGGGUGGGGGUGGGGUGAAGGGAAUGAAGUAGUAAGGGAAGGAAAGGCUCAUAUUACCCUGAAAACUUAAAAUAGCUGAGCCCUGAGGCAGGCUGGGACAGAACUAGGCACAGGGCCCCCAGGGCUCGAGAAAGAAGUAGGGGAGGACAAAUGUCUCCAGUCCAUCCUUCCUUGUGUGCACACGAGGACACACAUUAAACCUCUUGAGGAGAGGAGAUCUGGGAAGGUAUGCAUCACAUCUCUGUUGCCCACAGAUUCCCAGGAGAAACAAAGUACCUAUAGGAAAAUGACAUAAACCAUGCAGCUUUGAACACUGUGUAAGGGCUGUAAACUAUGGGGUCACCCCUCAGGAUGGAAGGAUGAGUAUCAGUUUGAGGAACUAAUUGGGAAGCUCUUUAGUCUGUUGGGCAUUUUUUAUUUAUUUAUUUAUUUUUGAGACAGAGUCUUGCUCUGUCACCCAGGCUGGAAGGCAGUGGCACAAUCCCGACUCACUGCAACCUCCGUCUCCUGGGUUUGAGCAAUUCUCCUUCCUCAGCUUCCUGAGUAGAUGGAAUUACAGGUGUCCACCACCAUACCCGGCUAAUUUUUGUAUAUUUAGUAGAGAUGGGGUUUCACCAUGUUGGCCAGGCUAGUCUUGAACUCCUGAUCUCUAGUGAUCCGCCUGCCUCAGCCUCCGAAAGUGCUGGGAUUACAGGCAUGCACCACCACACCCGGCCAUGUUGAGCUUUUUUCUAGACCUCCAUGAAAUCUGUUAAUAAAACCUGCCAAAGGAUCUGUAUUUGGCCCAGUGCAGUGGCUCACGCCUGGAAUCUCAACAAUUUGGGAGGUUGAAACAGGAAGACUGUUUGAGCUAGUUCGGGACCAGCCUAGGCAACAAAGCAAGACCAUGUCUCUACAAAAAAUAAAAAAGUAGCCAGGUAGUGCGCACCUUGUGUUCCAGCUACUCAGGAAGCUGAGGUAGGGGAAUCGCUUCAGACUGGGAGGUCAAGGCUGCAGUGAGCUAUGAUCACGCCACUACACUCCAGCCUGGGUGACAGAGUGAGACCCCAUCCCAACAACAACAACAAAAUCAUCACAUUUCUCCGAAAGCCUCCCCUUUGAGGACCACCCUACUGCAAGGGACAGAAAUAAGGGAGAGAAGAAUGAAAGGGAUUAGAUUUCAUAGUGGGGUCCAACCUCUUGCAGGAUGACAGAAAAGGAGGUGCUGGAGUCCCCUAAGCCCUCCUUCCCAGCAGAGACUCGGCAAAGUGGGCUACAGCGGCUGAAGCAGUUACUCAGGAAGGGUUCUACAGGGACAAAGGAGAUGGAACUUCCCCCAGAGCCCCAGGCCAAUGGGGAGGCAGUGGGAGCUGGGGGUGGGCCCAUCUACUACAUCUAUGAGGAAGAGGAAGAGGAAGAAGAGGAGGAGGAGGAGCCACCCCAAGAACCUCCUAAGCUGGUCAACGAUAAGCCCCACAAAUUCAAAGAUCACUUCUUCAAGAAGCCAAAGUUCUGUGAUGUCUGUGCCCGGAUGAUUGUUCUCAACAACAAGUUUGGGCUUCGCUGUAAGAACUGCAAAACCAACAUCCAUGAACACUGUCAGUCCUACGUGGAAAUGCAGAGAUGCUUCGGCAAGAUCCCGCCUGGUUUCCAUCGGGCCUAUAGUUCCCCACUCUACAGCAACCAGCAGUAUGCUUGUGUCAAAGAUCUCUCUGCUGCCAAUCGCAAUGACCCUGUGUUUGAAACCCUGCGCACUGGGGUGAUCAUGGCAAACAAGGAACGGAAGAAGGGACAGGCAGAUAAGAAAAAUGAAACCCUGAAGGGGAUAAGAAGGCUGAGAAGAAGACACUUGAUGACAAGCACAAGCAGCCUGGCUUCCAGCAGUCUCAUUACUUUGUGGCUCUCUAUCGGUUCAAAGCCCUGGAGAAGGACGAUCUGGAUUUCCCGUGAGAGGCCUUGGGGGAGGGGGCUGGUACUGUGGAGUGAAGAGGAAAGAGCUGGGUUCCCCCAAGGGAAAGGAAAAGGGGGGACUCAGGGCUUGGAGCCUAUUGAUGCUGGACCCAGGGCACAGCAGGGGACCUGCUAUGUGAGUGAGGCCCCUCCCUUCCCCUCCCAGGCCAGGAGAGAAGAUCACAGUCAUUGAUGACUCCAAUGAAGAAUGGUGGCGGGGGAAGAUCGGGGAGAAGGUCGGAUUUUUCCCUCCAAACUUCAUCAUUCGAGUCCGGGCUGGAGAACGUGUGCACCGCGUGACGAGAUCCUUCGUGGGGAACCGCGAGAUAGGGCAGAUUACUCUCAAGAAGGAC